AUGAAGCUGCUUGCAGAAGCGGCUGCGGAGAUGACCUCCCGACUCAGACCGGUCCGAGAUGCAGCUGCCUGGCGCGUCGUGGACGCUGCGAAAGCCAUUGAGAAGGAGUUGAGCCAGGGGCAGAGUUCCAAAGAGGCUUGGAGCAUCAGUGAGCACGACGGGCUGCAACUCAUUCUCAAGGCGCUUUCCCCGACGUCAGCUCAUCAAGGAGGUGAUCCAGCUGCGGUCUUCUUGGACCUUGUGGAUCGGCUGAUGUCGCUGAUCCGGACGUUGCGCGAGACUUUUGACAAGGAUGACCUUGCCGCCAUCCUCGAUGACCUCCUCCGCGCCGUCGUAUCGCUUCGGGAGGACGUCAGCGUGUCUGAUUCUGCCGAGGGACUGGAGGAGUGCGUCCAGCAGUGGCAGCAGUUUGGGCAGGCUCUCAGUGCAGCAGACCGGCUAGAUGCCGCUGUGGCUGCAGCGCCCUCCCUCCGCAAGAACGCCAGCCUGCGUCAGCAGUUCGACCUCCUCCGGGGUUUGCACGUCUUCCUAAAGCGGCACGACCUCCGAGCCCACCUCCUCAACCAGGAGACCAGUGAGACUGGCCUGGGGUCGGCGGUGGACCAGGAGCCGGGCGAGUCGCGCGAGGUUUGCCACCCUCCGUCUCCCUCUCCAGUGUCCUCCUCGAGCUCGCCGCGCGGAGGCUACGCGCGGCGGCCGCGAUUUAAGGCCGAAGACACAGACACCGGCGGAUACUCCGGCUACUCCUCCUCCCCCAGCGCGGCGCCGGUCGCUCCCGGCUUCGAAGCAGCCGCGGUGGCGAUGAGCCCAGUCGUUCCACCGCUGCCACGGGAGGCUCUGGAGUCCAGUCGCCAGAGCCGCAGUGGCUCCUUCGCCCGGGCGCGGCCCGGCAGUGGGCGGCCCACUACGCCUUCGUGGCUAAAGCCGCCGUGGCAGCGGAGCGAUGUUCCAAGUUCCGCCACUUGGAACCGGCCGGAUACGCCCUCGACUGUGUGCGAUGACACCGAGGUUGCCAGUCUCCCUCGGUGGAAGGUCGUCGAUGGCCAGUACGUGCCGCUGAAGACAUCCAGCUCCGGCCGCUUCCUGCCGCCCCUGCAGCUGGCUGAGAAGGACCGCGCCUCGAAGCCGGUCCUUUAG